CAAAACCAUUCAGAUCAACAUCGUUGACGAUGAAGAGUACGAAAAAAACAAGAACUUCUUCCUAGAGAUCGGAGACCCUCAGCUGCUCGAGAUGAGUGAACGGAAAGCCGUGUUGCUUCAGGAAGUGGGUGGCUUCGUCCAGACAGACAAACAGCUGUUUGGUAGAGACAUCUACAGGAAAGUCCAAGGCAGAGAUCGCCCCGCCCUGUCCACCAUCAUCAGCAUCACAGAUGGAGGGUGUGAUGAGGUUUUAACAAAGAAGGAGGAGGAGGAGAGGCGUAUUGCAGAGAUGGGCAGACCAACGUUGGGCGAACACGUCCGCCUGGAGGUCGUCAUCGAGGAAUCGUACGAGUUUAAGAGCACGGUGGAUAAACUCAUCAAGAAGACCAACCUGGCUCUGGUGAUCGGGACCAACAGCUGGAGGGAGCAGUUUGUGGAGGCCAUCACCGUCAGCUCCGGUGAUGACGAUGAUGAUGACUGUGGGGAGGAAAAACUGCCCUCCUGCUUCGAUUACGUCAUGCACUUCCUGACGGUCUUCUGGAAGCUUCUGUUUGCCUUCGUUCCUCCCACGGACUACUGGAACGGCUGGGCCUGCUUCGUCGUCUCCAUCUUCGUCAUCGGCAUGCUGACCGCCGUCAUCGGCGACCUGGCGUCGCAUUUCGGCUGCACGGUCGGCCUCAAAGACUCCGUCACCGCGGUGGUGUUCGUGGCUUUGGGCACGUCAGUACCAGACACCUUCGCCAGUAAAGUGGCGGCCAUCCAGGACCAGUACGCCGACGCCUCCAUCGGGAACGUCACAGGAAGUAACGCUGUCAACGUCUUCCUGGGCAUCGGCGUGGCGUGGUCCAUCGCCGCCAUCUAUCACUACAGCAAGGGCCAGGAGUUCAGGGUGGACCCAGGAACGCUGGCCUUCUCCGUCACUCUCUUCACCAUCUUUGCUUUCAUCUGCAUCGCCGUCCUGAUUUACCGGCGCCGGCCGUCCAUCGGCGGGGAACUCGGUGGUCCACGAAUUCCUAAAAUCCUGACCACCUGCCUGUUCUUCAGCCUGUGGUUGAUGUACAUCGUCCUGUCGUCUCUGGAGGCCAACUGCCACAUAAAGGGCUUCUAGGAGCUUCAGGUUCUGAUGGAUUCUCACCGGUUCCAUUGGGACAGGUUCCUGCUGACUUACGGGUUCCUUUAAUGUGUCUGUUUCUGUAAAGAAGUUCUGAUGGUUCUGGCUUCAGAACCUUUGAAUGUUUUGACAGAUUUUUUGUUUUAAGCGAGAUGUUUGGGUCAGUUCUGCUGGUUCCUGUUGUUUUUGACUAGAUUUUCAUUUCCCGGAGCUUCUGGUUGGGUGCUCCGGUUCAGGUGACGGUUCUGGUUGCUGGUCAGAGUUUUGGGCUCUUGGUGAACAGCUGGUUCUUUGUGUUCUGGUUUCUGUAGAACCUACUUUAAAACAGCCAAACGGACUCAGAAUGCAGGUUGAACUCAGCAUGUUUUCCUCUUCUGUGAUCUUAUAGUUUACUGUCAGAGUAUUUAAAAGGAGUUCUUUCAGGUUUUUUGAAGUUCUGCAGGUCCAAACACCUUCAAUGGGUUUUAUCAGCAGCCACGAAGGAUUUUAGCAUCUUUUCAAGACUCUUCAAAUGAUGUCUUCGUCUGUCGGUUUGCCUCAACAUGUAAUAGAUGCAAUGGGCCAAUGAAAUGAAAUAAGCUUCACUUGGUUCUUCACUGAGACGGGUUCUCUGGGUUUGGAUGAAAAGCCUUAUAUGCUCAUGGGCUGUAAAGAUUCAAGUAGAACAUCUGGGUUUCCGGGUUCUUCCAUCGUACUGCCUUGGCGUCUGUUUUGGACCAUGGGUGACCCAGUCUUCGGUCCAUUUCCCCGGGUGAUGACUCCUCCACCGUUAGCUGUGCACCUUUGGUUCUGCAUGAAGCCACAACGGAGACCAUGAGCAGAACUCAGUUCAUCCUCAGAGAUCCCUUCGUUUUUAUUCUGUGAUGUGAUUGGUUGUUUGCGUGAUGUCAAUCUAAGAUAGUUCCUGAAUGCGGUUUCUCCUCAAAAUAUUAAAUCCAUUAUUUUAAUUGA